UUCCUCCUACUUCCUGUCAACCGAAGUAUCCAAAUGCAAUGUUCUAACACCUGUACGUUUGUGUGUUCUUGUGGCAGUAUUAUGGAUUUUGACUUUCACACCAAUUGAAUUUCAUUUUAUAUUCUGAAAGCUAUUCUGUUAAAUCACGGGAAGAAUGUCUAAUGAUUUUCAAACACGAAUAGCCUCUGUUAUAGAAUUACUGGCAAAAGCGGCCUUAGAAGAAAUGAGGAAAGUUGUCGACCUGGACUCUGUUGUCUUAGGGUUUGAAAUAUCACAGGAUCAAAAUGAUGAUUCAGUACCGAAGAAACUGCUGUUUAUGACACAGAUUUCUACCAUUAUGGAUGCCCUGGCUAAGGAUGCAGUGAACAAAAUCUGUAAACUUGCCAUUGAAGAACUGGCGGUUUUACGUUUGGAAGUGUCUCGGAGUCGGAAUGAGAUCGGAGCUCUCAAGAGAGAAUUGGAGCUGAUGGCGAAGGAGCUGAGGAUUGUGCAGGGAGGUGCAGCAGGAGAAAGACCCUUAAAAACCCACUCUGUUGGAGUGCAGGUUGCCUGGGAAUUAAGAGCAACAGAAACAGAGGAGUCAUCUUCUCACAGGGUUGGGCUGUGGGGGGACUCGGGGCUCACGGACACUGAAGAGGACGUUAAUCCGUUGCAGUGUGUGGUCAUGAUGGUAGAGUCUGAGGAUUUGCAAGAGGAUGGACUUGAAUCGAUUGUCAUCAAGGAGGAAAUACUGGAAGAGGACCUGGAUAACGGCGAUGUACAGGAGGGCAUGAGGAUCAGCGGAGAGGGACCUGUGAAGUUUGGCGCUUACGCUGGGGAAAACCCCCCCAUUGUGCAUGGGGUCCCAGCGGAGGAAACCGGCACGCAUGCGGAAGACCAGGAAGGGCAGGAUGUUGCCGUUGAGUCAAGCGCAGACGUUCCUGUCAAAGACGAGUGCCCUGCGAGCAGAAAGCAUUUCAGGAAGACCAAGAACCUGAAGGCCGGCGGGGCAGCUGGCGAAGGCGAGAGAAGGCCGGGCCAUUCAAACGAGGGGAAGCACAGCAGACAGAAAUGCGCUCCUAGAGCGAAACGAGUCCUCAACUCGGCAGAGAAGCCGUUUGGCUGCGGACACUGCGGGAAGAGGUUUGCGGUGAAGCGCAGGCUGGAGAUGCACGAGCGAGUUCACACUGGGGAGAAACCGCACAAGGUCGCUCAGAAGGAGGAGAAGGUGUUCAGCUGCACAGAGUGCGGAAAGACCUUCAGUCAGAAGUAUAGCCUUAAAACACACCAGAUUGUCCAUGCGGCGGAGAAACCGUUCAAUUGCACACGCUGCGGAAAGGGCUUCACUGUAAAACGCAGCCUGUUGGUGCACCAGCGUAUUCACACCGGCGAGAAACCGUAUAGCUGUGUUACGUGCGGAAAGAGUUUCCGUCAAGCUAGUUACCUUACAGUGCACCGCAGGGUUCACACAGGAGAAAAGCCGUACCCUUGCAACAAAUGCGAGAAGAGCUUCAGCAGUGCAAACAGUCUUAAAACACACCAGGUAGUUCAUACAGGAGAAAAAGCCUUCAGCUGCGAUAUAUGUGGGAGGAGCUUCAGCGUUGCAGUUAACCUUAAUCGGCAUCUACGAGUGCACACGGGAGAGAAACCGUUUAGCUGUGACAUAUGUGGGAGGUGUUUCACUCAAGCUAAUAGUCUGAAAGACCAUAAGCAAAUUCACACUGGACAGAGAAGGUUUAGAAAGGAGAAACCAUUCAGUUGUGCUACAUGUGGGAGAAGGUUCACUCAUCAGGUCACACUACAGAAACACGAGGAAACUCACACUGGGGAGCAAAACACACAGAAUCCUUGCACUUGUGAAUUUUGUGGAAAGACCUUCAGGUAUGCACAUUACCUUAAAAUACAUGAGCGAGUUCACACAGGAGAGAAACCAUACAGCUGUGUGAAGUGUGGCAGGUGUUUUAGCCAGGUAAGUGCACUUCUAUCACACCAAAAAAUUCACACAGGAGAGAAACCAUUCACCUGUGACAUAUGUGGGAAAAAUUUCAGUUUUCAAAACAGUCUUAAGUCACAUCAAAGAACUCACACGGGAGAGAAGCCUUUUAACUGUGCCACAUGUGGGAAGACUUUCAGUUUUGUGGGUAAUCUUAAGAGACAUCAGCGUGUUCACACUGGAGAGAAACCAUUUAGCUGUCAUAUUUGUGGGAAAAGUUUCAGCCAAGCUAAUAAUGUGAAAGCUCACCAGCAAAUCCACACAGGAGAGAAACCAUUUAUGUGUGAUAAAUGUGGGAAGAGUUUUGCAUAUGUAAGAAAUCUUAGGGAACACAAAUGUGUUUACACCUGAAGGGAACAAUUUUCCUGUGCCAUAUGGGAGGAGGUUCUCUGUUCCUCAUCUUUUAAAACCACAAGUUCCUCAAAACCAAGCAAACUUGAUCUGUUCUUAUUAACAGGGCUUUAUGUCAAACAUACAAAUAAAAUGCAACUCCUAAGUAUGUCAACUAGAAGUAGUCAUUAGCAAUAAAUACUGCAUUUGUCAAAAACAGAUGCUACACUGUGUGAGAUAUAAAGUAGUUGAAAUUUUUACUUUUGAUGCGAAUUGCCGUAUAUUUGCCAAUCAGAUGAAAUUUAAAAGUGGUUUCACUGGCCCACUUAACCAGAGGGGGCGCUGUUGAACAAUGAGAUCCUCUGUCCCCUGCCGACUGAAACACUCAAUCUCUAGGUAAUGUUAUGCCCAAGUAUGCAGCACUUUGGGAUUCCCAGCGACACUUCAGUCUUGACAGUGAGGAUUUUGAGACUUGAGCAAACUGUUCUGUAAAAGUCUGGACAGAAUUUUUUAACUGAAGUGUACAAUGUGGUUGAACUGUUGGACUGCAUGAUUUUUGGGGCCGGUUCUUAAACCCCGUAAGUUCCACAACUGAGCAUCUUCCUGGUCAUGCAAUGUUUUCCAUAGCAAGGAACAACUUAUGACUUAAUUCUAUGAAGAUCUGUUACGUGUCUCAGCAUCAGUAUUUGCACCAGACAGCCUUAUCGUGUUGACAAGAGAAGGAAGUGAUAGACUUUGAAGUAUAGAGAUGUUUGGUUUAUCCAUGGUGUUUUAAAAUUUUUUGUAGAAUUAAAUUCAGUAGUUUUUACUUUGGUAGAGCCCUUUAAUUACUUUGUAAAUUUUGGAUAUGAAUCAAAUAACUCCAGGGACAGCAAUAAUGCGGGUUAACGUGACUUAGGAUAUUUUUAUGGUGCCGAGCUCAGUAAGUGUAUUGGCAUCCUGUUGAUGUUUUACUAUAAUAUUUCUAUAAAACCUCCUUAGGUUUUGAAGAAUUCAUACGACUUCCUAGGUUCAUAGUAGAUCCAUUUAUGAAUAAUGUGCAAUAAACUGGGCACAUGGGCCCAAAAUGUAAUGCAUACACACUAUACAACAUGGCCAAACGUCUCAUAGUUUGUGUUAAGAAACCAGGCUACCAGUAGUCAUUGAAUUAUACUAAUUUGGCAAUGUUACUUGCAUCACAUAACACCUGAAACCGUGGUGGAAUGAUGUGGGACUUGCACUCAUUUGUGUUUUGAGGCUGUUGUUUUUUAAAAAUGGCUGCCACAAACCAAUUCUUGCUCUUAUGAACUGAUUCAUUUAUAUGAAAGAUUGGAUUGGUACAUUAUUUUAUUGCUGCCUAUCAGGGUUGUUAAAAUUAUGUUUCCACCUGAAGAAACAUUGCCACUGUAAAGUAUUAAAACUUUGUUACUGUUACCAUAUGAACAUGUUCGAUAACCAUUGUUCUAUCCUGAUUAAAUUUAAUGUAGAUGUGCUCAUUUUGAAUUGUCCUCUUCAGUCUGUUAAUGUACCCUAUUUUUUUAUAUUGUUCUCAAGUGUAUGUACUGAUUAUGUAGAAUAUAUUUCUUUUGAAAUCAA